UAAGUUUUCGCACAUUGUAUAUAAAAGUGUUGAGGAUAAUUUUUGAGGAUUAUUCAGUUUAAAUACAAGGAUACAACAUGUCUGUUUUUAAGUGUUUAAUAUUUUUGUGCAUUUUAUAUUCGUUUGGUGAUUGUAAAUUUUUGGAUACCCUCACAAAAUGCAGUGUCAAGGAUGAGGAUGGAUGUCUUAAGUCGGUUUUCCAAAAUAUCGUAACUGAAGCUGCACAAAAAGGCAUCCCAGAACUGAAUGUACCACCCGCAGAUCCUUUGAAAAUAGAUAAAUUCUCUAUAAACCUUUUAGAAACACUUACGGGGACUCUUAGUGAUGGAAUCGUCAAGGGAAUUAGGAAAUGUGUUUUCAACAAAUAUCAAUUAGAUUUCGAGAAACUAAUGGCAAUACAAGAUAUAACCUGUGACCUAACAAUUCAAGGUACAGUCACUUUAUCUGGUAAAAGCCCAGCCAUAGAGGCUUUGCUCGGAACCAAUUCAGUGGAUGUCCAUGGAAAGGGAAAAGUGAAGAUUGAGAAACUGAAUUUCUACAUGGAAACCCCAUUUCAACUAUUAAAGAACGACAAUGGCGAUGUCUACUUACAACUGGACGACAAAAACUUCAAAUACAUAUACGAUGUACAAAAUAUGAAGUUCUCAGCAGAAAAGAUUGUUAUUGGGAACCAAGAUAUAUGUAAACCAUCAGUUGCGUUAUUAAAUGACAACUACAGAACGCUUUUGAAAAGCUUCGGGAAGAUGUUCUUGGAUAGAGUUGUGGCCGUCUACUGCGGAUUGCUCAAUGAAGUUCUACGUCCUCUGCCUCUAAAAUUUUACAUAACUGAAGACGUGUCUGUGUACAUUGACAAUUGAUUAACUUAUUUUAAAGUAUUUAUUUUCACUUUUUAUUAAUUAUUAUUUAAGACAAUAAAGAUGUGAUAGAAAUCAAUAAUAUAAAUAAAAUUUAAGUUUGACUGUGA